GAGGGGAGUAGAGGGAUAAGCCCCACCUCGUUGUCAUGGUGCUGUUGCUGAUAAGAUUAGACCUUCAUUGCUAAUAACCAGCACAUUGUAGAGCUGGCACAGUCACUGCUGGAGUCUAGAGACCAAGACAUCCCAUAAGCAGCAGCCUGUUUCUGCUCCCCAAAGAGAAUUCAAUUUGCAGGCAUGGAUAAACGGCAGAAAACACCAGCUGAUAAAAAAGACGUCAUUAUCAUUGGCGGGGGCUUGUCAGGGCUGUCUGCUGCCAAGCUGCUGAAAGAGGCUGGUGUGAGUGUGGUGGUGCUUGAAGCCAGAGGUCGUGUGGGUGGAAGAACCCUCACUGUGAAGGGUCCUCAGUUCCAGUAUGUGGAUCUUGGGGGUGCCUAUGUUGGUCCCACCCAAAAUGGAAUCCUGCGGCUUGCCAAGGAACUGGGGGUGCAGACCUACCUCGUCAAUGAGAAGGAGCAGCUCAUCCAUCACGUGAAGGGCAAGACGUACCCUUUCCGGGGGGCCUUCCCACCCAUGUGGAACCCCAUAGUCUACAUGGAUUACAACAACCUGUGGAGGACGCUGGAUGACAUGGGGGUGGAGAUCCCUUGUGACGCCCCCUGGAGUGCACGGCAUGCUGUGCAAUGGGACAACAUGACAAUGAAGGAGCUCAUUGACCAGCUCUGCUGGACAAGGGCAGCCAAGGAGUUUGCCACACUGUUUGUCAAUGUGAAUGUAACCUCUGAACCACACGAGGUGUCAGCACUCUGGUUUCUGUGGUAUGUGAAGCAGUGUGGAGGAACGAAGAGGAUAUUUUCAACUUCUAAUGGAGGGCAGGAGAGAAAAUUUGUUGGUGGAUCAGGGCAGAUCAGCGAUCGAAUAGCAGAGCAGCUCGGGGAUUGGGUAAGGCUGAACCAGCCUGCAGUUAGACUGACUCAGACAGAUGCAGCCGUUUGUGUGGAAACUCUACAUGGAGAAAAAUAUGAGGGUUCCUAUGUCAUUAGUGCCAUCCCUCCAGGCUUGAGCAUGAAUAUCCACUACGACCCUCCGCUGCCCCCUGUGCGGAACCAGCUGAUCCAACGAGUCCCAAUGGGGUCCAUCAUCAAAUGCAUGAUGUAUUACAAGCAGGCCUUCUGGAGGGAGAAGGGGUACUGUGGAACAAUGAUGAUUCAAGAUGAGGAAUCACCCAUUUCAAUGACACUGGAUGACACCAAACCCGAUGGAUCUUGUCCUUGUAUCAUGGGAUUUAUUUUGGCCAGAAAGGCAAGGCAUCUCAUCCACCUAAGCAAAGAUGAAAGAAAAGAAAGAGUCUGUCAGAUUUAUGCACAGGUUCUUGGCACUAAAGAAGCACUUCAUCCUGUUCAUUAUGAAGAGAAGGACUGGUGUGAAGAGCAGUACUCAGGGGGGUGCUACAGUGCCUACUUCCCCCCAGGAACCUUCUGUCAAUUCAGCAGAGUUCUUCGAGAGCCAUUUGGCAGACUGUACUUUGCCGGCACAGAGACAGCGACGAGGUGGAGUGGAUACAUGGACGGAGCUGUGCAGGCAGGGGAGAGGGCUGCCAGAGAGGUGCUACAUUCUAUGGGAAAAAUCCCAAAAGCUGAAAUCUGGAUUGAAGCUCCUGAAUCCGAGGAAGUUCCAUCUCAGCCAACCACAGCAAGUUUCCUGGAGGAGCACCUGCCCUCUGUCCCAGCGUUCCUCACAGUGAUGGGCGUCUCCACGGUUCUCAUUGCUACAGUCACCACUCUUGGCAUGGUUGUAUUCAAGAAGCACAUCCACUUACAUCCAUUUAAUUGAAUCUGAUUUUACCACAUCGUGUGCAUUGAUUGUGUUGUAUUGUAAUUGAAUAUCAUGUCCAGCAAGAUUAAUAUGUUACCUUCAUUUCAGUAACUCCCGAACUAGGUAAUGUUUACUCCUGUUUUAAUUCUACUAUUUAGUACCUGGCUGUGUCUUAAUUCACACUCUCAUCACUAUGUACUUGUCUCCCUUGCUCUCAAGCUACAAAAGUAGAUAACGCCUGAGACACACAUUUUUACCCAUGCAGCAUCAGGUUAAAGAGAACUGGCCAGCAGGUUCACAAGUAAAGUGGUUCUAGCUGACUUCAAUAAUCCCCUGGUUUUAUAAGCACAUCUUUACUUUAAACAACAGGGACCAAAUAAGUUGUUACAGCUGACAUGUACUGCCAUUUAACGUGAGCAUACUGUACAUAAAAGUUGGCUUAUGUGCCAUAAAUAAUAUUUUUGUUUACUGUCUGUUACACCUAACAUUUUUUGAACUGUAGUGUAAAUUAGCAUGUCCAUGCAAAAAAUAUAAUGCUCCACAAAAUACAUUUGCAAUGUUUAUGUUACUUUAGUGAUACUCUACUCUUAAUGCUUGCAGACAAAAAGCUGAAUCCAGCUGUAAUUGUAAUAGUAAUUGUAUAAUUACUCUAUAUUAUACAAUUAAUAGUGCAAUGACUUAAAAAGAUAAAAAUAUCAUUUUAUUGAAUAGCUAUAUGAUUUUUAGGUGUUAUCCCCUCUAAGAGUAACAUAUGUUAACAGUAUAUAUUUAUUGUGAUUCUUAAAAAUACAUGUUUUUAUUGCGUGGAAAGAAAACUACAAAUGUCCUUGCCUCAGUAUUGUCACAAUGCCAUGUAAUGUUAAUGCUAAAUGCCAAUAUUGACUGAACUGUUAUUGUCUAGCUGUCAUGUGCAAAUAAGAUGAGUGAGUUUGAA